GUCGCGGCGGACCAGUUUCCUCCGAGUGCGAGAGUUGGUGGCCAGCACUCCGUCACGUGAGCGUGUCAUGUGACGAGCCGGUGGCCGCAACCUCGUCGCUGACUUUCUCCCCGACAUGGAGUCCGCAGGUCAGAGACGCUCCACUCUGGACCUCAUCAUGAACCAAAUCCGCCGGAAACGGACGGGUCCAGAGAGACGGCCGCUCGGACGCUUCCUGAGCUGGAGCUCUGAGCGGAGCGGCGAGGAGCGGGCGAGGAGCUCAGGUGCGGAGCCUCCAGAGGAGCCGCAGGACCUCGGGUGGGGCCGAGUGAGUGUCGCCCUGCAGAAACUGGGGCUGAAGUCCGACAGCAGAAGCCUGAGUUUCUCUCACUGCGACGUCACCGUCACGGAGCUGCUGGAGCUGGCCGCCCUGCUGCAGCUGCUCCCCCUGCUGGAGGAGCUGGACCUGUCCUGGAACCCGCUGGUGGGCGGCGGUCUCGCGGGGCUGACCUCUCACCUGCACCACGUGGGUCGGCUGAAGACGCUGAGGCUGUGCAGCUGCAGACUGGACGCGGACGACGUCGGCGCCCUGGGUGAGGCCCUGGGCUCCGUCCCCCUGCUGGAGGUGCUGGACCUGUCCUGGAACGGCGCUGUGGGCGGGGCUCUGCAGGGACUGCUGGCCAAGCUGCACCCCACCUUGAAGGAGCUCCACCUGGCCUCGUGUGGCCUGACGGCGGCGGACGCGGCGCCGCUGGGUGAGGCGCUGCCGUCCCUCCCUCGUCUGCGGCUGCUGGACGUGUCUGGUAACCGGCGACUGGGUCAGGAGGGCGACGGCUUCGGCGGCCUGGCCGCGUCACUCAGUCACGCCGCCUCCGUCGGCACUCUGAGGCUGCGGUCCUGCGGCCUGAGCGGGUCAAGCUUGGACCGCCUGGGUUCUUCUCUGCGCUGUCUGGCCUCGGUCCGAGAGCUGGACCUGUCCGCCAACAAGGGCGUGUCCGGGCACCUGCACCGCCUGACCUUUCACCUCAGCCACCUGACACAGCUGGAGGUCCUGGACCUGCACCUGUGUGGCCUCACACACGCUGACGUGGGAGCCCUCGUCCAGGUCCUCCCCUGCCUGCCGCGGCUGACGGAGCUGGACGUGUCGGCCAACGUGGCGGUGGGAGACGCCGUCCACGCGCUGGUGUCGGCGCUGCCGCUGACCCGCCUGAGGCGUCUGCCGCUCAACAACUGCCGCCUGAGCGAAGCCUCGGUGGCUGCGGCCGCUCUGGUCGUGCCCGGCCUCCUCAGCGUGGACCUCUCGUGGUCCAAGGUGGUGGGUGGUCGCCUGUCCCUGCUCCUGAACGCCCUGCAGCCGGCCGUCCUUCAGGAGCUCCUCCUCAGCAGCUGCGACCUCAGCGCUGAAGACCUGCUGCACCUCGGUGCAGCCGGCAAGCGCGGCCUGCUGACGUCCCUGCGCCUGCUGGACGUGUCCUACAACGGCUUGCGGAGCGGCGGCGGCUGGUCGGCUCUGUUCUCGGCCGCGGAGGGUCUGAGCUCUCUGGAGGACCUGGACCUCAGCCUCCGGCCGGCGAGCUCCACCUCCUGCUCCGCCUGGAUGCCGGCGCUGCUGUGCGCGCUGCCACGGCUCCAGGCCCUCACACGCCUGGCCAUGCCGCGCUGGACCAUGUCGGAGCAGGAGCGCCGGCAGCUGGAGCAUGCCGUCAGGGGGCGGAGCCUCCUGCUGGAGCUGCAGGAGCCCGAGUCCCGCCCUCAGAGCGGCUCAUGGAGGAGUUCCGGCCAGGAGGGUCCGGAGGGCGGGGCCGGCGAGGAGUAG